AUGGCAGAGGCGAUUGCUUCAGUGAUCUUGGAGCAGCUGACUGCAAUCACAAUCGACAAAGCAUGCGAAGCGUGGAGCCUGGUGAGAGGUGCUGAGAAAGAGGUCAAAAGGCUCGAAAGCAAUUUCAAAGCACUCCAGUUAGAGCUUGAGGGUGCAGAAGAAAGAGAAUACCUGGACAAACGGGUGAAACAUUGGUUAGACAAGUUCAAAGAUGUGUCUUAUGACAUGGAGGAUGUACUAGACGACUGGGAAACUGCAGUCCAGCGGUUGCAAAGCGAUGGGGUUGGAUCAAGUAGUUCCGGCUCGGUUCGAAAAUGGAAGUUGUGUCCCUUCAUUUCAUGCUUUUCUUCUGGUUCACAAAUCGUUAGGCGAUAUGAUAUUGCUGCCAAAAUAAAGGAAAUCAAUGAAGAAGUAGACCAGAUUGUUAAUGACAAAGUUCGGUUCGAAUUGAUAAAGAAAGACAUUAAGCAACACAAGCAGAGGCUAGAGAGCACAUCUUUUGUUGAUGUUUCGGAGUUGAUCGGUCGAGAUGCCGUCAAAGAAGACAUAAUAAGGAUUUUUCUAUGUGAAGAAAGGAGUCGAAAUGUUCCUUCUAUCACCAUAGUGGGGAUGGGAGGGACUGGCAAAACAGCUCUAGCACAACUAAUUUAUAACGAUUCUACAAUUCAGGCUCAUUUCAGCAAAACAAUUUGGGUUUGUGCCUCGGAUCCCUUUGAUCAAAGCCAAAUUGCAAGAGCAAUUCUUGCGGAUCUCGAUCUUGAUGCAUUAGUAUCCCUCAAUACUCCAACACUACAAAAUAUUUUACGGAUAAUCACCGAGAAGCUUAAAGCAAUAAAAUUCCUUUUCGUUUUCGAUGAUGUGUGGACGGAUCGUGAUCAAGAUUGGGAACCACUAAAAGCCGCAUUUAGAUACGGCAUGCUCGGAAGUUGGAUUUUAUUGACUACUCGUAACGAGUCUGUUGCUAGGCAAAUGGAGUCGUCUCAUGUUGUUCCUUUAGAACUGUUACCGGAGAAAAUGUGUUGGUUGAUACUUGCUCAGAGAGCCUUCAGCGGAAGGAACCGGGCGAGUCGUGCUAAUUUGGAAGACAUCGGAAGGGAGAUUGCGAAGAAGUGUAGAGGUUUACCGCUUGCAGCAAAAGCUCUAGGAGGUCUCCUGCAAAACAAACGAGGAAGAGAAGAGUGGCAGAAUGUUUUGGAUAGUGUGAUAUGGAAAUCGGGAUUUGGACAAGAAAUAUUUUCGCCUCUAUUGUUGAGUUAUUAUGAUUUGCCCUCGCAGAUAAGACAAUGUUUAUCAUAUUGUGCAAUCUUCCCUAACAACUACACGAUUAAUAAAUAUGAAUUGGUCCAGCGUUGGAUGGCACAAGGUUAUUUGAACUCUGAUGACAGUGUAAGGAGAGAGUUGAAAGGGGAAGAGUACUUUGAGUACUUAGCCACCCGAUCUUUUUUCCAAGAUUUUAAGAAAGAUGCUCAUGGAAACAUAAUUUCCUGUAAGAUGCAUGACCUGGUACAUGAGUUUGUGCAGUUCUUGACUGAAGACAGAUGUGUGACAGAAGAGGUGGUCGGAGAUUCAACGUUGGACUUAUCUUGCAAAAAAGCUCGUCAUUUGAGGUUGGUAAUUCAAAAUUGCAAGUCUUCUCCUUUGUGCAUUAAUGGCAUAGAAAAAUUACGAAGCCUUGUCGUAGCCUCUGAUGACAAAACAUCCGGCGAUGCCCUGCAAGAUUUGUUUAGUCGAUCGAAGCUUCUAAGGCUAUUAGAGUUCGAUUCGUUUCAUCUACGCCCCGAAGAAAUCGUAUGUGGCAUGGAAAAUUUGAUUCACUUGAGGUACCUUAGCUUGAUAUCUUGCUCUGGACUAGAAAAUUUACCUGAAGCAGUGUGUGAAUUGAUUAGUUUACGGUCGUUGAAUCUUCGAGAUUGCUUGAAUCUCAAGAAAUUGGCUGUCGGAAUCGGAAAACUAAUUAACUUGAGGUAUCUUUGUAUCAAGGACUGUCCUCGUCUGACUUACUACCCUAAAGGGAUCAGUAAUUUAACCUCUCUGGAGACAUUAAGUGGUAUCCAAAUGAGAAUAGAUGGAAGUGAUGGUGAUCAACUCAGCAUUGGGGAUCUAGAAAAGAUGGACCUCCUAGGCGGAUAUCUCUCCGUUGAGCUGAUCGGAGAUGCAUUAGAUUGGAAUGAAGCAAAGAGAGCCAAACUUCACAACAAAAUACAUCUCAAGAGAAUGGAUAUAUGGAUCUGUUCCAAAAAUAUAAAGGAAGAAGAGGUUCUACAAGCAUUGAACCCACCAUCCAACUUCCCUGUAGUACUGUUUGAUUACCAGAAAUGGUUCGAUUCUUACGAUGCUUGCUUGAAGAGGUUGAAUGUAAAGGAGAAUAUUAGAGUUGCUCUCAUCGUUCAACAAGCAGCUCUUCAGUUUGUAGAUUGGGCUGAAUUCUUUGGUAAGAAAACCUGA